AAAAUGGACAUCUCCAAGGAGCACGAAAGAGUUGAGAAUCUGAAUCAAAUUUUGCAGCAAAAGAUCCAGUCAUUGCAAGAGAGAUAUGAUAGGCUACGUGAAAAGACUGACAAAUACGAGGAGAUAAGAUCACUAGAGAUAGCUAAUACGAGAUAUUCCUUGGAGAAUACAAGUUUAAAAUAACCAGUUAUUGAAAUACAAACAGUUGAACACUGACCUAGAGGAGCAGAAGAACCACCUUGUGAAGGUAGUCAGAGCCCAGAAGGAAAACAGUGAACAACCUAGUGUUGAUACGUCUAAUUUGCAAAUUUCGAAGAAAGAGGUUGUGUUCAAAAAGAAUCAAUCCAAACAUACAUUUGUGAAAUAUUACAGCCUAAACGAUAGCGACACUGAUGAAAGCUUGAAAGCUGAAAUCGCUGAAGAAGAGAUUGAACUCCAAAAGACUUUUACUACACCCAAGGCUAUUCAGAGCAACCGGGAACAUCUGUUUAGUAAGCCUACCUCUAUUAACUCAUUAAUGGGUUCCUGUACCUCUUCUGGACUAUUUAAUUCGUUACUUAUGGUCUUUAGAGUACAAACUUAGCAAGCUAGAGUCAGAGAAGAUCACCUUUGAAACUCAAAAAUAAAGCCUUACUUGAAAAUGAACAACUUAAAGCCAAGAAGGAGGAGACUGAU